AUGGGAUUGAACUUAUAUCGCAGCUAUGUCCAGAUGAAGGUUCAAAGCCAUCGCAGCAGGCUUGAAGAUUAUACUCAAUACACCCGAUCGAGCGGUAUUCAUUGCGCGAUCCAGGGCGAAGAAUCAAGCACCUUCACCUUUGCUAGCAUCACUUCGGAUGUCAAAGUUGCAUCCUAUCGUCGCAUUUUCCCCGUGUUUUGA